AUGAGUAGAAAUGCUGGUAUCCUUAAGCAGAAUGCAAAAGUAUUCAUUUCACGAUCACAAAAUAUCUUCGAAAAUUUAGCGUUUGAGGAAUGGCUGUUGCGGAAUCAUAAAGCAGAUGGGCAGAGUGAAUCGAUGUUGAUUUGGAGCAACAAGCCUGCAGUAGUUAUUGGACGACAUCAGAAUCCAUGGCUAGAAGCGGAUUUAAACUGCUUAAAAUCUAACAAUAUCGAAUUAGCUAGACGUCACAGUGGUGGUGGAGCUGUCUACCACGACUUGGGUAACCUUAACAUAUCCAUAUUAACAUCGUAUCAAAGGCAUAACAGAAAGAGAAAUUUAUAUGUGAUAGCUGAAGCACUCAGUCAAGAAUUUAAUAUCAAAGUAGAGCCGAAUGAUCGCGAUGAUCUAUGGCUACAACCAGGCCAACGAAAAAUCUCAGGAACAGCGGCACGAAUUGUUCGGCAAGUAGCAUAUCACCAUUUGACGUUGCUUGUAAAUGUUGAUGUUGCUAUUCUUAAACGUUCUUUAUCGUCUCCUUUUCGUGAAAUAAUGUUAACAAGUGCUACUCGAAGUGUGCAAGCACCAGCAGUCGGUUAUUUAGCGCAAGAAAUUCCUGGUAUUACAGUUGAGAAAGUGCAGGAUGUCGUUAUCGAAUCAUUUAAGAAACAGUAUUUGCAUACCGAAGUGGCUACGAUUUCAAAUGUAACAGAUGAGGAACAGUUUCCGGGUGUAUUAGAAUAUGAAGAUGAGUUACGAAACUGGGAAUGGAUUUACGGAAGAACACCACAAUUUAUUUUACCACUUUACAGUGACCGAAUAAGGGUCGAACAUGGUAUAAUCACCGAAAGUUUGGAAAAUCAAAAAUUAGUUGGCAGCCGAUUACCGCACGACGUAAUACAGACCUAUUUAGGUUUCACCGUUAAACCUAUUCCUGGGAUUGACACUACCAAAUAUCUGGCUGAAAUGAAAGCUUAUUUACGUGAAAUUCCGAAAGGUUAUGACCCGAAACUUGUCGCCCUAAAUGCUACCAUAAUUGCUGCUCUUUUUGGUGCUUUAAUCUAUCCUCUUUAUGCUUAUUUGAUUGGUGAUAAUAUUGUAACUGAAAAGAAACAAACUGUUUAA